AUGAUUUCUCAGUUGGUAAUCAAGGUAAUAAAUCUUGGAAGAAAUGAGAAGGUAACAUUACAAUCGUGUCAGACGAGUGAUAAAGGAAGACAUUUUCAUGCUUAUGCAUAUUACUUGACUGAUGAUAAUGGGAACAUCGAUGUCCGUCGAUGCUUCAUUGGAGGAUAUUACACCGGCGUGGAACCUUUGGGACUACUUUGGGCAAUGAAAAUAGUUCCAGGACCGAAGCGAAGAUUUUCCUCUUUAAUUAAACAAAAUGUCACCAAGCCUGCUGUUAUUUUGUUGAAUGUUUAUCAAGGUCACAUUGAUAUUGACAAAAUUGGAAUCAAAGGCGUUAACAAGUGUUUGAUAGUAACUUCUAUAUUUGAACGAAGAAUAAUGAAAUCAAAUAUUCGUCGGUUUAAUCGUUCUUUCAUGGGUGUGAUAGAUUUAGGAGGAGUGAACGGUGGAAUAGUAGAAAUGCGCGCGGCACUACUUUCAAAUUACGGAUUCGUUGUCCUGUGCCUAAGUUGUUUGGGCGCUUUCGAUCAAAUGAAACAAGUUUCUAGUGUAGAUUUGGUGUACAUUGAAAGAGGUAUCGAAUAUCUUCUCCGUCAUGAGAAAGUUUUAAAAGAGGGGGUUGGCGUAUUGGGAAUUUCAUUUGGAGGAAGCGUUUCAUUGGCUGCAGCAACCUUUUUUGAAAAUAUAAAGUGUGUUGUGAAUAUUGGUGGUGCUCUUUCUGCUUCCGGCUUCAAAGAUUUAAUAUACGGCAACAAGAUAUGGACGCCAACGGAAGAAAAACUUAAUGGGCAUCAGGUGGUCGACGGCAUACAACGACCUUCGUGUAUGAUACUAACUCCAAAAUUUCUGGAAAUGCAUAAACACUUCCCUGAAUUCCAAAAAUCUAAAGCAAGCAUUCUUAUUUACGCUGAGGACGAUAAAUGUAUAAACUGGAAAGAGCAGUCAGCACUAGCUAGAAAGCUGAUGAAAUCUUCAAACAAAAUGAAUUAUGAAAUAAAAUCGUAUCCGGGAACUGGUCACAUGAUUGGUCCACCAUACGUACCGAUGUUUUCAAUGACUUAUCUUUUGCCAAUGUCUAAAUUUCCGACAUAUUUAGGCGGCAACUUGAAAGAGCAUGCAUAUGGACAAGCUUAUUCGUGGAAAUAUAUUAUUAAAUUUUUGAAAAGUCAAGAAAACGAAAUGAGAAAAUUUGAUUUGCCUCUCAAAUCACUUUUAUAAAUUUUGGUCUCAACAGGAUAUUAUCGAAUGUACUGAAUCCGAAAUUUUUUCUGGCACAACUUCACAGUUAUAUUCUUAAUGUUUAAGAAAAAUAUUGCUUUACUUCAAUAUACAGUUAUUACUUCAAUCACGCAAUACUAAAAAUAUCGUUUCAAUUUCAUCAGUUAAUUAUCACAAAUCAUGGCAUGACAUCAGGUUUUGCGGGUUGCAAGAAUUAGAUUUUUGAUUACUUCCGAAAUUGGUUGU